AAAGCGAACAAGAGCUAAAAGAUGAAGAAAUGGAGUUGUUCACAAAAUAUUACAUGGAAUGGAAAGGAGGAAGAAAAAGUGGCAAUACGUCCUAUACGAACAUACCACGAUUUUACUACAGGCUGCCAGCUGAAGAUGAAGUCUUGCUUCAGAAAUUAAGAGAAGAAUCUAGAGCAGUUUUUCUGCAAAGAAAAAGUAGAGAGCUGUUGGAUAAUGAAGAGCUGCAGAAUCUGUGGUUUCUACUGGACAAACAUCAGACAUCACCAAUGAUUGGGGAAGAAGCAAUGAUCAACUAUGAGAACUUCCUGAAAGUUGGUGAAAAAGCUGGACCUAAAUGCAAGCAGUUCUUCACAGCAAAGAUCUUUGCUAAAUUGCUCCAUAAUGAUCCUUAUGGGAGGAUAUCUAUCAUGCAGUUUUUCAAUUAUGUCAUGCGAAAAGUAUGGCUUCAUCAGACAAGAAUAGGUCUCAGUUUAUAUGAUGUGGCAGGGCAGGGCUACCUCAGAGAAUCAGAUUUAGAAAACUAUAUUUUGGAACUCAUCCCUACUUUGCCACAACUGGAUGGCUUAGAAAAAUCUUUUUACUCCUUCUAUGUCUGUACAGCCGUUAGAAAGUUCUUCUUCUUUCUGGAUCCUCUCAGAACAGGGAAGAUAAAGAUACAGGAUAUUUUAGCUUGCAGCUUCCUGGAUGACUUACUGGAGUUAAGGGAUGAAGAACUUUCUAAAGAAAGUCAGGAAACAAAUUGGUUUUCUGCUCCUUCUGCAUUAAGAGUUUAUGGCCAGUACUUGAACCUUGACAAGGAUCACAAUGGCAUGCUCAGCAAAGAAGAACUGUCCCGGUAUGGAACAGGGACUCUGACCAACAUAUUUUUGGACCGUGUCUUUCAGGAAUGCUUAACUUAUGAUGGUGAAAUGGACUAUAAAACCUACCUGGACUUUGUGCUUGCAUUAGAAAACAGAAAGGAGCCUGCAGCUCUGCAAUAUAUUUUCAAACUGCUUGAUAUAGAGAACAAAGGACACCUGAAUGUCUUUUCCCUUAAUUAUUUCUUUAGGGCUAUUCAGGAACAAAUGAAAAUCCAUGGACAAGAACCAGUUUCUUUUCAGGAUGUCAAGGAUGAAAUCUUUGAUAUGGUGAAGCCUAAGGAUCCUUACAAAAUCUCCCUUCAAGACUUAAUCAAUAGCAGUCAAGGAGACACUGUUACCAGCAUUCUAAUUGAUCUGAAUGGGUUCUGGACAUACGAGAACAGAGAGGUCCUUGUGGCAAAUGAUAGUGACAACGCUGCUGAUGUUGACGAUACGUGACUUUGAACAGGAGCAGACUGUAUCCAUAGAGAUACCGCAAGAUGAGGCACCAACUCUUGGAAGCUGGAAACAUCCAUUAUCUGAAUCAAUGCCUCUUCCAUUUUACUUCCCUCCCUUUCCUCCCUUGCCUCUCCCUAUGUAAUAUAAAAUGUGGUAUGUACAGGAAUCGCAGAACUACUUUCUGAAACCAAAAAAGCAAGUGUUAGUUUAAGAGGUAAUUUUUUUUUUUUUUUUUUAAUAAAUAUUUUUGGACUCUU